AUGGUAUACAUUGGACAUGAUGGAAGAGUAAUGGCAACACAUAAUGUCACCGGGUACACGGGGACGGUCUGUGGUUAUCUAUGGGAUGAUCUGGACGCUGAUGUAUUGUGCCAGCAGUUUGGUUACCCGUCAGGAGUUGCAAAACUGAUGCCACGAGACUACAACUAUGAAAGAGCUAUAUUUAAUGUACAAUGUACAGGAAUGGAACCUGAUGUUUAUGCUUGUCCUGUUGAUCACUCGGACACAUCGGGCAACUGUGUUGUCGCUAGUGACGCAGGAGUUAUUUGCCAAAAUAUAUCGUCUCCCUCAUCGUCAUCUCAAUACUCCCAAUAUGCAUACCAAUCCUCCCAAUAUUCUAAUUAUCAGUCUUUAUCUUCAUACACUCCAAUGACCUCACAAUAUUCUCAAUAUCAAUCAAUGUCCCCUUAUCCUACGAUGUCCUCACAGUAUUCUCAAUACCCAACAAUGUCCUCUUAUCCUACGAUGUCCUCACAAUAUUCUCAACACCCAACAAUGUCCUCUAAUCCUACGAUGUCCUCACAAUAUUCUCAAUACCCACCAAUGUCUUCUUAUCCUACGAUGUCUUCACAGUAUUCUCAACAUCCGUCAAUGUCCUCUUAUCCUACGAUGUCUUCACAGUAUUCCCUAUACCCAUCGAUGUCCUCUUAUUCUACGAUGUCCUCACAGUAUUCACAGUACCCUCCGAUGUCUUCUUAUCCUAUAUUGUCUUCACAAUCUUCUCAGUACCCACCGAUGACCUCUUAUCCUACAAUGUCUUCACAAUAUUCUCAACAUCCACCAAUGUCAUCUUAUCCUAUGAUGUCAUCACAGUAUUCUCAACACCCACCAAUGUCCUCUUAUCCUACGAUGUCUUCACAAUAUUCUCAACAUCCACCGAUGUCUUCUUAUCCUACGAUGUCCUCACAGAAUUCACAACAUCCACCAACGUCCCCUUAUCCUACGAUGUCCUCUCAGUAUUCACAACAUCCACCGAUGUCCUCCUAUCCUACGAUGUCUUCACAACAUUCUCAAAACCCAACAAUGUCUUCUUAUCUUACGAUGUCCUCACAAUAUUCUCAACAUCCGUCAAUGUCGUCUUAUCCUACGAUGUCCUCUCAGUAUUCACAACAUCCACCGAUGUCCUCUUAUCCUACGAUGUCUUCACAAUAUUCUCAACACCCAACAAUGUCUUCUUAUCUUACGAUGUCCUCACAAUAUCCUCAACAUCCGUCAAUGUCCUCUUAUCCUACGAUGUCUUCACAGUAUUCUCAAUACCCAUCGAUGUCCUCUUAUCCUUCGAUGUCCUCACAGUAUUCUCAGUUCCCACCAAUGUCCUCUCAUCCUACGAUGUCCUCGCAAUCUUCUCAGUACCCACCGAUGUCCUCUUAUCCUACAAUGUCUUCACAAUAUUCUCAAUAUCCACCAAUGUCUUCCUAUCCUAUGAUGUCAUCACAGUAUUCUCAACAACCACCAAUGUCCUCUUAUCCUACAAUGUCUUCACAAUAUUCUCAACAUACACCGAUGUCUUCUUAUCCUACGAUGUCCUCACAGAAUUCACAACAUCCACCAACGUCCCCUUAUCCUACGAUGUCCUCACAGUAUUCUCAACAUACACCAAUGUCUUCCUAUCCUACGAUGUCUUCACAAUAUUCUCAAUACCCAUCGACGUCCUCUUAUCCCACAAUGUCUUCACAGUAUUCGCAAUAUCUAUCGUCAAUGUCUUCACAAUCGCAGUAUCCCACGAUGUCUUCGCAAUAUUCUCAACACCAAUCAAUUUCUUCUUACCCUUCCAUAUCUUCACAGAACUCACAAUACCAGUCAUUGUCCUCUUUUACUACAACAUCGUCACAAUAUUCUCAAUAUUCAUCAAUGUCUUCAAUGUCUAUGCAAUCAACAACAACUUCUCCUGCUAUGCCAACCCAGCAAAUGACUACCCAAGGUACACAAACCUCAGCUUCAGCUGGACAGACCACAACUUCUCCUUCAGCUGGACAGACCACAAUUUCUUCAGCUGGACAGACCACAACUUCUCCUUCAGCUGGACAGACCACAACUUCUCCUUCAGCUGGACAGACCACAACUUCUUCAUCUGGACAGACCACAACUUCUUCUUCAGCUGGACAGACCACAACUUCUUCAGCUGGACAGACCACAACGUCUCCUUCAGCUGGACAGACCACAACGUCUCCUUCAGCUGGACAGACUACAACUUCUUCUUCAGCUGGACAGACCACAACUUCUUCUUCAGCUGGACAGACCACAACGUCUUCUUCAGCUGCUCAGACCACUACGUCAAGUAAUUGUCAGCCAGGAUCUGGAUCUUGUAUCUUGCAAAUGGAUUCUUUAGGUGGUGGAGCGGAUUCAAGAAUGGAAAUACACCUAAUUUCUGUGCUGUUCAGUGUUUUUGCAAGUACUGUUUGUUUAAUUCUAUUGUAUUAG